GGCGAGCUGCUGACAACAGCGAGUUUUUGUUUUCUUGCAAGAAAUUGUAAACUUGGUUAAAAAAUUUAAAAAUAAAACUACCCCCAAUAAAUAAUUAUUGUACUAAUAGCCGAAAAUUGUUGGGCCAAAUAACGGCACAACAUCAUGAUGAAUCGAGAAGAAAUUUUCUCGUAUUUGGGAUUAGUCCACAUUUCUUCCGUUGAGAAGAAUAUAAAGAAUGUUAAUUUGAGACAAAGCGGCACAAUGAAGUUACGCCGACUGAAUUUACAUGAUGACACCUUAUCGGACAAAAUCUCGACGUGUUUCGCUACCAAGCGAAAGCUGGGAGGACAAACCAUCGCUAGAGACGAUCAGGAGAAUGUCAAACGUUCAAAAAGUGACGGUGGUUUGUCAACUGAUGAGAGCUGCUCCGAAUCAGAUCGUCGUGAACAAGAAAAGAUGGAACGUCGAACCAAGAAAAAAAAGGAGCAGAGACAAAACAAGGAAGAGAAAGAUAGACGAACCAAGUUGAAGAAGACGAAGAAGACGGAAGCUCGGCGUGGCAAAGCGACGGCAAAAAAAGUUCGACGCUUAAAGACCGAUGAAGAGAAGGCCCAACAAGAAGUGAUUAAACUUAAGAGGAAGGAGGAGAGGCGACUAAGAAAGGAGUCAAAAGAAAAGAAAAUGAAAUAUAAAGCAGAUAAAUUGACACAACAGGCCGACAAGUUCUCCAACUUUUUCAUAAGGUCCAAUGAAGUCCAAAUUGUGAAUGACGGAAAGGUAGGAAAUACUCUCGGACAACCACAAGACCAAGCCUCGGACGACGACGACGACGAAGACAACUGUUCAAUAACCAAGUACUUUGAACAAGAUAAUGGUUAUAAUGUCGGCGAGGACUCGGAUAUUGAAGUUGUUAUGGCCAAGGUUGUAAAACCGAUUUAUCCCGAUGCUGAAAAGUUUUGCCCUUUGCCCUUCCCAACAGACAAGGCCUUCAUGACGAUAGCAGAGUCAUGCCCGCGACCACGUCUUACCAAGAAAGAGAAAAAGUAUCUGGAUCAUGUUAUUCACGGGAUGGCAAACGUAAAUGAAGAAGAUAAUCGUCUGAAGAAUGUCGUCCAAGAACUGAGGUGCAAGAAACCGGCGAAAGAAAUGGUUUCCAAAUCAGAACGUAUAAAGAUUAAGCAUUUGCAACGGGGUAAGACCGAAAUCCUUGUCCAUAUUCCAUCGUUUCGAGGUGAAUGGCCGGCCGAGAAGGAUAAAGUGCAGAGGCUCAGACGAUGCCCAUAUCGAAAGCUUCAGGAAGAUUGCGACGAGCAAGAUAUCUGGGAGGACGAGACUGACGAGAGUGACGACGACGACUUGGAAAAGACCAAGGACCGGUUCUCGUCCUCCUCGGAGGACUCAUCAUGGUCAGAUGCUGAGGAUUUUGUCUUGGAAAAUGUUACACAGAUCCCUAAAAUCGAACAAGUUGCUCAUGGCGUGAGCUCUGAUGAUGAUGCCGUUGUAGCAGACCCUGAAAGGUUCAAACGAAAAGUUAUUCGAACAAUGAAUAAGUUUUCAGCAGCACAAUUGGUGGAUGCAAAAUACGCUUGGGAUAAACUGGAGACCAAGAUCAAAUCUAAUCUGUCACCAGAGCUCAGAUCUUUGUUUGAAGAAUUAUUAUUCUAAAAUGAAUCCUGCAUUCGUGUUCCUUAUUGGCUGUACAUUUCCGUAUUUAAUUUUUUUCACAUUGACUGACUUAUUGUAAGCAAACUCCUUAUAUUGUUACGUUUUCUUCUUGUACACGGGACAAUCUCAUAAUUUGUUAAAUUAAAAUCGUUAGGGAAUCUACAGUUUCUCUCCCCUAAAUUAAAAAUUGGGAUUUUAUUCCUGUAUUUAUGAAUUCCUGUUAGUCUCAAUGUUUUCUCUUACAUGAAGUAUCACAAUAA